UUUUGGUUUCCAAUUCCGUUAACGCACGUGACAACAACAAGAUACCAUGGGAUCAGGUCCCAAGUAAAGGUAUCACAGUUUCAGUCGAGGGAUGUUCAGAAUACCGAAGAGCAGUGUACCCAAUUUUAUUAGCCACAGUACACUUCUUCAAUCGCUCAGAUCAUCACGAUGCGUACCCAAGACUUUGACUUUUACUCGGGGCCAAAGCACAGUCAUACCUAAAAGUAAGCCUAAAAAGACAGCAUCGCUUAUCAUUAACACAGCCUGCUUGAUUUUAGUUGGUGUAUCUGCUUAUGCUUACGGAAAGCGCAAGGUAACUCAGCCCGCAUCUUCAUUAUCUUCAACAACUCCACUCAGUUCCUUAAGUCCUCCUGCUUACUGCAAUGACGAUGAACUCAUCCAGGCUAUCCAAGAAAUAACUAGUGUCAUCGGCAAAGCAAAGGUAGUCAAUACGAAGGUUGAAUUGGAUUUUCAUACCAGGAAUGAUUUUACACCCCAUGAACCUUUGGAGCAUGAAAGACCAAAGUUUAUUCUAUAUCCUACAUCGACAGAAGAGGUAUCGGAGAUUCUAAAGGUAUUGUAUAAGUACAAUGUUCCAGUUGUCCCAUUUAGUGGUGGAACCUCAUUAGAGGGGCAUUUUUACUCUACCAGACAAGGUGUAAUAUUGAAUACUUCCAAGAUGAAUAGAAUUAUCGAAAUUAACCAUGAUGAUAUGGAUGCUAAAGUGGAGGCAGGUGUCAAUUGGCAGGAUUUGAAUGAGGUAUUGAAACCUUCGGGGUUAAUGUUGGGAACCGACUGUGGCCCAAAUGGAUUGAUUUCUGGAAUGAUUAAUACAAAUGCUUCUGGAAUCAAUGCUUCAAGAUAUGGAGCUAUGAUCACUAAUGUUAUAUCUGUGACUGUUGUUCUAGCAGAUGGCACCAUUGUGAAAACGAAAAGAAGACCACGAAAGUCAAGCGCUGGCUAUAACUUAACAGGACUAUUUGUUGGCAGUGAAGGAACAUUGGGUAUAGUCACAGAAGCUACAGUCAAAUUACACCCAUUGCCGAAAGUGGAAAGGGUUGUUGUAUGUCAGUUUCCAGAGAUGAUCGAUUCCACUAACACUGUUGCGCAAAUUUUCCGUUCAGGCAUCCAGCCUAAUGCUGUCGAGUUAAUGGAUUCGGAUAUGAUGCUGUGUUUGAACUAUAGUGGGUUUUUAUCCAGAAGAUGGUUAGAGUGUCCAACUAUCUUUUUCAAGUUAGGUGCUGUGAGUGAGAAUAUUGUUGAUGAAUAUAUUCAACAAGUUAAUCGUAUUGCCAAGAAGAACAACUGUCUGAAUUUUAUUUUUGCCACCACCGAAGAAGAAGGGGAGGAAUUAUUUUCUGCCAGAAAAAAUGCCUUCUAUGCUAUGAUUCAGUACGGAAAGAACGAAAUUGAUGAGGAUGUAAGAAUUUGGGUAACUGAUAUUGCGGUUCCCCUCUCCAAACUACCCUCAGUGUUGGGACAAGUCCAUAAACUCAUCAAAUCAUCUGGAUUUCAUUCGGUAAUAUUGGCUCAUGCUGCUGACGGAAAUUUCCAUGCUGAUUUGUAUUACAAGAUUGAGGACAAAGCAAAAUGUGAAGAGGUCGUAAAACAGAUGGUCAAGUUGGGCCUUGACAAUGAAGGAACGUGUACUGGAGAACAUGGGGUAGGUAAUGCUAAGAGGAAAUUCUUAAUGGAAGAAUUAGGAGAGGAUGCUAUAGAUUUGAUGAGAAAAUUAAAAAUCUCAUUGGACCCGAAACGAAUUUUGAACCCCGACAAAAUCUUCAAAAUUGACCCAGAUGACCAAGGGGAGUAUUGAUAUGUUAUUAAGCAUUAAGUUCACUAGCAAAAACUCACGAAUAGAAACUAGCGCAUUAAAACUUUUAGUUCAAAGAGAUACAGUUACAUACUAAUACACAUAAAAUGAGCGAAAUUCUGCAUCGGUAUGAACAUAAGUUUUGUGUUGGAGUAUGCUGCGAAGAAGUAGAUUCGAGCAACGACGGAAAAGUUAUUAUAACGAAGUUCAUAUUCUU